AAUGAUGUCGCAUCAUUAUAUAUCAGAGCACAUUAGCUACUAUGGCGCUAAAGGCUAGCUGCCAAAGAUUCCGGAAAUUUUGCCUGCACCACCGCGCCUUUCCCAUUUGGUUAUGUGGAGAGUAGGCUGGUUCCAUUAAUCAUUGAUGGCCUGGUGAUUAGGUUACUGACUAAAAUCGUUAAACUAUGUUCUCUGCUCCUUUGUUUCAGCUGCGGCAGAUCUUGCGGUCUGAUGUCUGCCGAUCAACAUGCAGAUGCAGGGGGGACAGGGGCAGGCAACAAGGGCAAGCGAGAGCGUCUCCCGUCUCCGCCCCCAUGUGCCUUGGUCCGCGCCGGUGGUUGCGGCGGACGCACCCACAUCCUGUUCGCUCUGCAGCUGACAAGGAGAUGUGUGUGCUUGACGGUUCCGUAAACUUGUUGUUGCACCCACCGUCGUCGUCAAGAAAGAAGAACCCGUGGGUUGGCCGGGUCUCCCUUGGCCUUUUGAUGAGCCAGCUUGGUAGGCGUCUGUUGUAUGUGCGCUGCACUUGAGCAAUUUGCCGGUGACAGAAACAGAUAGAAAUCCCAGGUGAAGAUGUAUAUUGUGAUGGGCGUAGCGUAGGUUAAUUUGCAGAGAUCCCAGGUGAAGAUGGGAGCAGAGCAGAGGAGGUCAAGGACGCAGAGGCCGGAGCGGCAAGGCCAGUGCCAGCUGCCACGAGCCCACGAGCACGCAAGGAUACGACGCGGCGGCAGCGGCCAACCACUGUCCAGGUAGGUAGGCAGGGGCAGGCGGGCGCGAGGCGGUGUUAAAAGUUGAGGCCUGACUGAGCUGUCUCCUCUCCUUCCUCCGCUCCGCGUCGUCGCAUACAGACAGAUACACCGACGCGCUGCCACGCUGUUCCGCAACGCCGCCGCUGUUGGCAAAGGUUGUUGCUGCUGCUGCUAGCUGUGGGGGCGGCCCCGUCGUGCGUGGCUGGCUGGCUGGUGGCUGCUCCGGCGGCCGGUUGGCCGGUUGGGGGCGCCUCUAAUUAGGGGGUGCUGCUCAGUUGUCGUCGAUAGCUCCUCUCCUCCCAGCUGCGUCCGCAACCAAAGUCCAAGCAUAAAGGCGUCUCCUCGGCAGACUCCGACCGCUGCCCUGCCCUGGACAUCCAUCGUCGUCGUGCCACACCGCCCCCGCCUUCUUCUCCUUCUUCCUCCGGCCAGCCGGCCGCCCGCCGCGUAAGGAGGAGCGGCGCACGGAGGAGGAGGAGGAGGACCGGAGGUGGUGGGUGGAGGAACAACAACCAGCAGGGCCCGGCCGGCCUCGUCUGUCCGUCCGUCCGUCGUCGUCGUCGUCGUCGUCUUCCUCUCCGGCCAAUCCUUCUCCAGGCCGAGGCGCGCACGCACACAACAACAACGACAACAUGGCUGCUGCCGGGCAGCACGCCGUGGUGCCCAAGUUCGGCUCCUGGGACGCCGAGAACAUCGGCUACACCGUCUUCUUCGAGAAGGUGCGCGACAACAAGGCCCCGCCGGCGCCCGCUCCCAAACCUUCCGCUUCCGGCGCUGGCAAUGGAGGCUACGACUUCGACCCCUACGAGCACUACGAGAGCCUCAGCAGGAAGGUGCCGUCACGCCCGCCAAGCUCGCACGGCGGUGCUGCCAGUGCCAGGGCGGCCGGUGCCGCCUACGACUUCGACCCGUACGACCACUACGACAGCCUCAGCAGCAGCAGGAACGUGCCUUCCCGCCCGCCGAGCUCGCACGGCCACGGCCAUGGCCAUGGCCACGCGCCUGCUCCUCCUGCUGCUGGCUACGACGUCGACCCCUACGAGCACUACGACAAUCUCAGCGCCAGGAACGUGCCGUCACGCCCGCCGAGCUCGCACGGCCACGUCCACGGCCACGCGCCGGUGCCGCAGCCGCACCACCGGUACCACCGCCGGACCGGGAGCAACGGCAGCAACGCGGCGUCCGAGGCCAGCAGCCGCGGCAGCAAGUUCUCGCCGCCCAGGCCGUACCAGCCCAGGUACAGCAGCAACAGCAACAGCGACACCAGCUUCCCGCAAGGCGGCGGCCACGGCCAUGGCGCCCAAUACCACCACCACCACCACCACCACAACAACAAUCAGCACCACCACGGUGCUGCGCCGAGGGCAGCGUCUGCCUCGCCGUCGCCGCCGCGCCACCACCACCAGCCGCCCCCGCCGCGGCGCCCGAAACCGUCGGCCGUGCCGAGGUUCGGUGUGUGGGACGAGCGCAACGCGGCCAUGGCGGCGCAGGGCUUCACGGUGCAGUUCGAGAAGGUGAAGCGCCACCGAGAGGAGGCCAGGACCGGCCCCGCGCCGCCGCCCGUGCAACCGCCGAAGCUGCUGUCGCCCGACGACAACGCAGCGGCGGCGGCGCCGCGCGCGCGGCGUCACGGGAAGUCGAAGGCCGACAAGAGGUCCUUCGUGUCCAGGAUGUACAGGUGCCUGUUCCCAAGGGUCAGAGAGUGACGAGUGAUCCGACGACCGACGGUAAUUACCACCACUCUGCCGUAGUAUACGUGUUCUCUGACAGAGAUUGUAUACUACUUCAAAUUUGUUCGUUCUUUGUUUCAUUUAUAUAUACUUUAUGUAUAUAUGUAUGUAUAAACUCGAGGCAUUAGUCGAGUCACCCAAUCACAUGGAAACAAAGAGUUUGCUGGGUACGGGCCUGAUCUUGACUUCUUUCAUUGCAUACGCCUAUACGCAGAUGUAUUUUCUUGGUAUUAUUAUUAGUUCGAAGCAGACCUAUAUUGAAACAAGUUGUAGAGAUGAUGUAACGGAGUGCAUCAGCAAACACGGCUAUACUACUGAACUCUUUGGACUGUGCCA